AACAAGCCAAAAUCAAGAUUCUUUCUGCAACAACAACAAAAAAAAAAAAAACAAAAAUAAUUUGAUCAAAAAACACAUAUGGAUUUGUUCCAAAACACAAAUUAAAAGCAAACCCAUUUCUCAGAAAACACAAAUGAAAGGAUUACCUAUCUUACCUUCACACGAUUAUGAUAAAACCCAGUUUUUAGAUUCAUGACGGGUCUCCUCAAAACCUCAUGGAAACCAAAUUUAACCCCAAAUUAGGAAGAUUCAAAGACGACCCAUUACUGAAAACACCUUCCCAGCAAACAACUUCAAUGAAAUUAUGUAGUAGGCACCAACAAAUGAUACACACAAACUAGAAAGAAAACAAAGAAACGUAUAAUUUAAUAAAUACAGAUUUUGUGGAUUCUUGUGAAGUUAGCAGUUGAACCAUCAUCAAUGAAGAAAAAAUACGGAAAGUCACAAAAUGAGUGCGUGCACACCCUCAUCAGAUUAUGUGUGGGUAAGAUGAUUGUGAGUGAAGUGGUAAUUUUAUUGAAAGAUAAAAUUAUGAAUCUGAAAAAAAAUUCAUUAAGCGUGUGAUUUAAAGAAACUUGAUGCGUGGAAAUAGAGAAUUUCCCUCUGUUUAUUUAGGCGUGUGGAAAUGCAAUUUCCCCAAAAAGGGAAGACAGACAGGAAGAAACAGUUUACCAUGUUGGCCGGAAUCAGGCACCAUGUCACUGGAAGAAACAGUUUACCGGUCACCACUCGACAAUCCUCUCCACCAUCUCACUCAAGAUGACAUCUCUCCACUCACUCGCUUUCAUUUCCCUCGAUACCUCAAAGCCAAAGGUUUCUCUCUCUCUCUCUCUCUCUCUCUCUACAAGGGCUAAUCGGAAGGUCCGCACAGGGAUGAGACGACCUUCGUGGAACAAAUCGCAGGCGAUGCAACAAUUCAUCUCUCUCAAGAAACUCCGUCUGAUUCUCUACAUUCUUCGCCCCCCUGCAAUUCCACAUCAACCGCAAGUGCAGCAAAUGGCCCAGAAGGACAAAUAACAAUAUUCGGUUGUGGCAAAGUAAAUGUCUAUGAUGAUGUGCCAGCUGAGAAGGCAUAAGUACUAAUGCAGCUUGCUGCAAGCCCACUCCAAUUGCCUCUAGAAGUUCCAUUUGAAGGAACUACGGCAAGACGACCUUUGCUGUGCCAUUUACAGGCUGCAACUGUUAAAGUAGGCCCAGAUGCUCUUGUUGUAAUAUUGCCAACCUCACAAGCAGUGAACAUGACUGACAACUGUCAGCUGCAAAGGGAGGAAAGCGCCAUAUUUCAUGAAGACAACCCUGUGGGUGAAGGUCCAGGAAGCAGAAAAGCAUCAGUGCAAAGAUAUCUUGAGAAGGGAAAAGACAGGUGCAAGAGCAAGAGAAAGGUAGCAACCUCUACAUCUGCUAGCAUGGACAUUUACUUGAACCAUCAGAUUGGGAAUCUGGCCCAGAAUGAGCACUCAAACAGGAGUGACGCAUGCUCCUCACCCCAAAUCAGACCACCCACCACCCCUACCAGGUGCGGCUCAGCGGAGAAUAAUAUAGUGAAGCAUGCAGAUGUGCGAGAAUGAAUUUGGAGCAGAUGGUUUCAGUGGGCCGUGUCAGCGGUUUAUCAUGUCUUCAUGCUUGUGGCCUCCAAUCAUGCAAGAUAGCUCGUGAAAAUGGAGAAGAAUGCCUAAAAAUGUAAGCUUCCUUGUAAUUUUAAUUUCUUUUCUUUUUGGAUUUGAGAUCUGCAUCUUUGGUUGCUGCUGUUUGAGUUAAUGAAGAGAAGAUUACCAUCCUA